GUUUACGCUGCAAUGCAACAACAUGGCGACGUUCGUGUUUCGGAUGCUAGGUGCUAACAGCGAUAGCUCCGACCAGCCAGAACAGUAACUUUUGCGCAAUAAGUAACGAUCAGUUGUGUCAAUUUAAACUGAAGCGUGUUGAAAUAUGAAGGAAUGAAGAAACGAAAAGAGGAAAUAAUCAAUGGAGAGGAAGAUUUGGUCGAAAAAUCUAUUUAUGCCUCUGGUGCUUGGAAAUGCUAACCUGACUGUAGCAAAACAUUCCAGUUUUUAACUCAAGCUGUUUACGGCAGGACAACCAUCAUCCCGAUGAAGAGUAGAUAACAGUGAAUUCAUAAAGCGCUCUCUGUAGAUCCUGACUGUUACACCUUCAGUUAAAACAAGCUGUCGGGAUUCCCACACCUCCUAUCCAUCCAAACUUCUUAGGCCUUCCAAGGCCAAUUAUGGAUUUACCUGCUGAGGAAAACAGCUGUUGUUGCCUCAGCUUUCUUAUUCAUGUGGAAGUUGAGCAGCAGCGAACAACCUGGGAAGGAGAGGAGAAGGCCAUGAAAUAUUCACCCUGACAAUAAACAGUCCCAGGACAGACAUGAACAGGAGACAAUGAAAGAAGAUGGAUUUUGUUUUCCAUGGAAGAACAAAGAAAAACCAUAUUGGAGUUCACUGUAAAAUCAGUUGGUAAACAGAAGUUUAUUGACUGCAGGACGAGUCCAGAAGAACAACAGCCGCUGAUGAAAUGUUGGAUGGUGUAGAAAAUGCUUCACCCUGACUGAUUUCCAGUAAGAGAACAAAGCUUAAGAUGUUCAGAAACGUGUUUGACUCCAGAAAUCCUGAUAUGGAUCUGAAUAAUUAACUCCAGCUGAGUGCAGAGGAACCCCGGCUGCAGGCGGUUUGUUGGCGAUGUUUAUCUGAUUGUAACGCCUUACUUUUCGGCGGAGAAAGAGAGAGAGAGAGACGGCAGAACAAAAGCAGCAAAGUGACACGGAGCAGCAGGGAAGACGAACGGAUUGGAGGAGAUUUAUCUCCCAAUAAGGCAGAAACAAAGAGGACUUCUUCUGUUCUGACGUAUUUACUCCUAAUGAGAUUGGAACAUGUCAUACGUCCUCGAUGAGACGGCUUCAGACCUUCCGGUCAGAGACAUGACCAUCAACUUGUCCCGACUCACCGCCGCUCCACAAAAUCUGAGUGUGCAUCAGCACGCCCUGGAGAAGCAGAACAUUGGGAAGAUGUCCAGGGACGAGCUGGAGGACCGCUACCUGCGUCUCCUGGAGGAGACGCUGCAGCAAAAACAGCAACUUCACAAACAGAAUGACAAGAUUAAGAAGUUGGGCACGAAGCUGAUGAAGCUGGUGAAGGACCGCGGGCGGAUGGAGCAGCUGGCUGCCGGCGCAGCUGCUCCGACCCGAUUCAGAGACGUGGAGAUGGAGGAAAUGGUCGAGGAGCUGCAGGAGAAAGUCAGAGCGCUGCAGGGUGAGAAGGAGGGGCUGAAACAGCGCCUCCUGGUGGCCAAACAGCAGAUCCUCAACUCGUACAGCCGGCGGCAGACGCAGUAUGAGCACGUCCCGUCCCGGGUGAACUCUGGCCUGAAGAAGCUCAGAGACGAUGCUUCAUCUCCGUCGCCUGCUCGACCAAGAAGUCGGAGGAGUUUGGAAGGAGGCAGGAGACCUCCGACUGGCCAGAUUCCUCGAUACGGACACAACCUGCUGGAGGAGGCGAGGGCCGAGAUCCGCAACCUAGAGAACGUGGUGGAGUCUCAGCGGAGAAGUAUGGAGGAGCUGGAAAGAGCGUCAGAGGAUCUGAAGGAGGAGCUGAGGAGGAGAGAGGAGGAUUUUGAGGAGAGGCUCCUUCUGGCCCGACAGCAGCAGACUUCCACUCUAAAGUCACAGGUCAGCAGCAACGUGUCGAUGAUCAAACUGCAGAAGCAGCUGGCUGACAGAUCCAACACAGUGACAGAGCUGGAGAACCGAUAUCGGCUGCUGCAGGAGGCCCAGCGGACGAUGAAGGCGAGUAACGACGCGGCGAUGGCGAAGGUGGACGAGCUGAUGGCCCAGCUGAAAGCAGAGCGCAUGAAGAACCUGGAGCUGGACAAGCAGCUGCAGACCGUCCAUGUCACCAAGAUCCUGGUAGAGCAGUUACAGGAGCGGAUCGGCGACCUGGAGCAGGAGAGGGAGCUGCUGAAGGAGAGCAACAAGAAGCUACUGAACAGCGCCUUCGACGUCUCUCAGCAGCAGAGGUGGCAUCUCCAGGAGCAACAGCUGAAGCUACAGAUCGUCCAGCUGGAGAUGGCGCUCAAGGCCGACCUCGUGGACAAAAACGAAAUCCUGGACAAGAUCAAGUCUGAGAGAGACAAAAAUGAGCAGCUGACAGAAGAAAACCAGAAGCUUCAGCUUCAGUUUCUGGAACAGAAGCAACAAGUGGAGAAACUGAAUGAGCAUCUGAAGCUCCAGAGCAGAGAGAAGGAUUACACCGCGGCUGAACUCACAGAGGCCCUGCUGCUCAUUAAAAAGCAGAGGUGUGAGAGGAGCGGAGAUCUGGCCUUCCUGGUAGACGUGGAUGAGGACGGGAGCGGCGCCCCGCAGGGCUCCAUCAGAGAGCUGCGUGCCGCUCACGCUGAAACCAUCCAGGAGCUGGAGAAGACCCGAAACCUCCUGAACAUGGAGAGCCAGAUCAGCAAAGACUACAAGGUGGAGCUGGAGGCGGCGUUACAGAAGAUGAACAGCGAUAAAGUCGGGUUUGAGCAGAAGCUGGAGCGUCAGAUUCAGCAGCUGGAUGCCAGAGCAGCAAAGAUCUCCAAGCUAGAAGGUCAGCUCAGAGACAUUGCUUACGGCACCAAGUCCUUUCCCUUCAAACCGGACCUGACGGCUGAAGAUGAGGCGGAGCUUUCCGAUGAAGACGUCCAUCUGGCCCGAGGAGAAAACCUCCUGGAGCUGCAGAUCGUCGGCGCCUCGCUGUCUCCUCCGGCCCUGCAGGCUCUCGGCGGCGCAGAGCCCUCCACCUUCUGCACCUACUCCUUCUACCUGUUUGGGCCGCACGCCACUCCGGUGGCGACGGGCCGCAGCCCCAGGUACGGCUUCACCUCCAAGUACGUGAUGAACACGGACGAGUGCUUGGUGGAGUACCUGCGCCGCAGCCCGGUGAAGGUGGAGCUGCACCAGGCGCUGGGAGUGGACUGGAGGACGAUGGCGACGGCGCAGCUGCGGCUGCAGCAGCUGCUGGAGCAGCAGGGGAAGGUUUACGGCAGCAUCCCGCUGGUUGGAAUUCAUGAAGACGCCCGAAGCUUCGGGUCCUUGGAAUACUGGCUGCGACUGAAGAACCCAAUAACAGAGACGACCAGCGGGGACAACAGAGACAAGAUGAAGGCUGGAGACCAACCACAGCCACUGACCGGCGCCAACAGGAAUGAACUCCUGAUCCGUGUCCAGCGGUGCCGAGGCCUUCGGUCCAGGAGCUCCGGCUCUCCGAGUCCCUACGUUGUCUACAAGUUCUUCAACUUCCCCGAUUAUCCGACGGCCACCGUGGACAACAGCGGCGAGCCGGAGUUCAACGACCUCAAGUCCUACUCCGUCCUGAUGGACGACAUCCUGGACCGGUUCCUGAAGACGGAGGGGCUCCAGUUCUACGUGUUCGACUAUAAAGAGGAGCAGCUGGACACCUACCUGGGGAAAACCCGAGUGCCACUGCUGUCUCUGACCCGAGGUCAGGACGUCUCAGGUAUGUUUGAACUUGCUGAUCCUUCUGGAAAACCCGCCGGCAGCUUAGACGUAACGCUGAGGUGGAAGUCCGCCUACAGUCCCUCUGCGGGGAUCACCAGAGCUGCUGAAGAGCGCAGACUUUUCCCAGAGCAUCAUGCUGGAGAAUCGGUCAAUCCUCAUCAGGAACAGCUGAACGUUGAGGAGGAGAAGAAAGACGGAUGGCGGGAAGAUGUUGAAGAGAUGCUGGAGGAGGAGAUGGAAAAGUUUAGGAGCUCUGACUCUGCAGCUGUUUCUAAGGUGGCACUGCCCACAAUCAGAGGACAGAAGACCCUGGAGCGGGAUGGAUCAGGGGCCAAACGGGUCACGUUUGUUGAUGUGACACCUGAAGAAGAAAAGUUUAAUAAGCGGAGCUCAGCAGAAAGUCUUCCAGAGAAACAGAAGACGACGUUUUCACAUGAAGUUCAGGCGGCACCCAAAGCUCCUCACAGGACAGCCGAGGAAGGCGAUGACGAGGAGGAAGAGUCUCAUGUUUCCGAAGGGCAGCUGGUUCAGGGCGCGCAGCCCUACUCUGACGACUCUGACAUCUCCGAGGAAAUCAUCGAAGAUGUGGAGGAAGCUCCAGCGGCUGCUGAGCCUCAGGAAGCGUCCGACAGCGACGACUGCAUCGUUCAGGGACAGGCAACACGGAGGAAGCUGUGUGAGCGGGUCCGGGUGGAGGUGGUUUCUCUCAGCCUGACGCCCGAGUCCCGGCUGGCGCGGGACGACACCGUGAUGCGUCUGUUUGUGGAGUACAACUUCCUGGAUCUGCCCACCGAGGAGACGCCGCUGUCGCUACCCAAACCGCCGCUGGGCCGCAGCAUCAACUUCAACUACAGCAAAGUGAUUCCUGUAGACGCAGAGAACAACGCAAUGAGACGACGGCUGCUGAAGGAAGUCCUGCAGGGCCGAAACGCUCAGAUGGAGAGAAUCCGGUUCACCGUGGUGAGCGAGCCGCCAGAGGAAGAGGAGCAGGAGAGGGAGUGUGAGGAUGUGGGCGUGGCCUACCUGAGGAUCCCAGAGAUCCUGGAGAAACAGGCGGACAUGAUGGAGGCCAGCCUGACCGUGCUGGACGUGGAGGACAGCAGCCAGGUGGUGGGACAGCUGACCGUGUCCCUGGAGGGACUCCAGGCUCUGCGGGCCAUCAUGGAGGACCAGGACCUGGAGUGAAGUUGCAGCUCUUGAUUUCAGGAGGAUUCGGGUCGCUGUUCUGUUGGUCCAUCAGGAUAAAUGGAGAGUAAAGCGUCCUGGUUUUUAAACCUCCAGGAGAGACUUUGAACUGCGCAGUGGGAAUCAACCAGAGUGAUUCUUUCAGCUCCAGAGCCUCAGCUGACAGGAAGCUCUCUGUAAAAAAGAUCGCUCCUUAAUUUGUUAGGAUCUCUGAUCAAUUUCCCAUCUUCAGAUCUCUAACUGCUAAUCAGACAAAGUCAGGACAGACAGGAUAAUGUCAAACACGGUGUUCUGCAUUUUCUGCAGUCUGUGGGCUGUUUGGACUCAGGUUAUCUGCAGAAGCUGCAGGUUGGAGCAGCUCCUCUGGCAGCUCAGCCUCAGGUGGUUCCUCCUGCAGCGCCGACAGGUGAGAAAACACCUGAAUGUUUUACAGUUUCACUUCCGAUGACGAGAAACAAGCAAAACAAUGCCUCACUUGAUUUCAUGUUUUUAUACCAGACUUAGCAAACCGUCUCACUCUGUGCCUUAAAUUAUUUUGAACGUAGAUCCUUCUAAUAAACUUCAGAGUCCAAACA